CAGUCCAACAACACACUCACACACACACACACACACACUCACACACACCGGUUACCGCUGCGCCUGCCAGUCGCUCAAUGAGCUGAAAUGACCGCGAAUGACCUUAAAGGACAUACUGUGUUUUAGCGACUGUUUGCAUUUUCAUUUCAACGGUCAUAUUGGUGAAAAUAUGCUAAACUAGGCUAAGCUAGUAGCUGCUGUCAUGGAUAAAGCAAAGUCACUGGUGGACAAGAAAGGAGCGUCGGGACCUUUUCAUGUCAACAACGGCCAGAGCCAGAGGGGCUUCCACUGCCCCGUCGUGGUCGCCGCUAACGGGAGCUGCUGCAGCACCAAUGCGUUCAGCCUGAGCACCGGAGCCAACAGCGGCACGCUUGAAAACAUGCAUCACCUGCAUCGCGGGGAGGAUGCGGAAUGCAUCGGGUCGCCUGCCAAGAGGUGCCGCUUGAGGAGGAGGACGGAGUCGUUGAGACGGAACAGACCCCCCUUCCCCUGGUUCGGUAUGGACAUUGGUGGGACCUUGGUCAAGUUGGUCUACUUUGAGCCGGUUGAUAUAACUGCAGAAGAAGAGCAAGAAGAAGUCGAAAACCUCAAGUCAAUCCGUCGCUACCUCACUUCAAACGUUGCCUAUGGUAAAACAGGUGUCCGCGAUGUCCACCUGGAGCUAAGGAACCUGACCAUGUUCGGCAGGACGGGGAACCUGCACUUCAUCCGCUUCCCAACGCAGGCCAUGCCUCGUUUCAUCCAGAUGGGACGGGACAAGAACUUCUCCAGCCUUCACACUACACUCUGCGCCACGGGAGGAGGGGCAUACAAGUUUGAGGAUGACUUCAGAACGAUGGCCGACCUGGAGCUGCUAAAGCUGGACGAGUUGGACUGCCUCAUCCGCGGGCUGCUGUUUAUCGACAGGGUUGGUUUUAACGGACACCCUGAGUGCUACUAUUUUCAGAACCCGUCAGACACACACAGCUGUGUGAAGAAACCCUGCAACCUGGACAACCCCUUCCCCAUGCUGCUGGUGAAUAUCGGCUCUGGGGUCUCCAUACUGGCUGUGUACUCGGAGAACAACUUCAAACGGGUGACUGGGACCAGUUUGGGAGGAGGUACAUUCCUGGGCCUUUGCUGUCUGCUGACGGGCUGCGAGACUUUCGAGGAGGCAUUGGAAAUGGCCAGCAAGGGUGACUCUACAAACGUGGACAAACUGGUGAAGGAUAUCUACGGUGGAGACUAUGAGCGCUUUGGCUUACAGGGCUCUGCUGUUGCAUCCAGUUUUGGUCACAUGAUGAGCAAAGAGAAAAGGGACAGCAUCAGUAAGGAGGACCUGGCCAGAGCCACACUGGUCACCAUCACUAAUAACAUAGGAUCCAUCGCACGCAUGUGUGCGGUCAACGAGAAAAUCGAGCGUGUGGUGUUUGUUGGGAACUUCCUUCGGAUCAACACGGUAUCCACAAAACUGCUCGCUUAUGCCAUGGACUUCUGGUCGAAAGGACAGCUAAGAGCCCUCUUUCUUGAGCAUGAGGGUUAUUUUGGAGCUGUGGGAGCACUGAUGGAGCUGCUUAAGACCUCAGAAGACCUGUGAAGAAAAUGAGUUGUGACAUCAUCAGUUCUUGAUAAGAAGAUGUCAAACCCCUCCCCUCUCACACACACACACACACCCCACACCCUAAAACACCCUGACGUCGUCACCCUUAAGCGUUGUGACGUCAUAAAGUUUCGACGCUGCUGCAGCUCCCAUUCACAGAGGCCACUACAGGAAUACAAAGAUGGAGAAACUGAGAAGUUAUUUUAAUAAUUAAACUCUUGUAAAUAAUCUUAACCUUUAACAGUUCUCUUAAAUCCCCAGAGCCCUCCUAUCUUAGAGGUUUUAAUAUUUUGAUCAUUAAUUUAUGCUUCUUGUUGAUUCCUGAGAUCAGCCCUGUCAGGAAGCACAGAGACAAAAGUAUUGUAGAGUUUUGUUACUGUGUUUGCGUGAAAAACUACUGUAGCAUUACAUCUUGGGGACAGUAGUGCAUUUGGUGACUAUUUAUGCAACUGCUCCUCUGGAGAGGAUGUCCGAACAGGAAAGAAGUCACUCUUGAAUUCAUGUUUUUUGUUGUUGUUGUUGUUGUUUUUUUUUAACCACCAGCAACUCAAGGAAAUUGUGUGUCUGCAAGCGCAGAAAUAUCACGUUGGAAGGUUUGGGAGGGAGGUUUGGUCACUCGUGCACACGGCUCCUCCCCAUGCCGGCGUUUUCUGAGGAGCCAAAUCCUGCUGAGAUCCCCCUGCCUCCUUCAGCUCGGAUGAAAAGCAGAAAAAAAAAAACAUUUUGAAAUCUGUAAUUUGCUCCUCUGCAUAUGGCCUUUUUGUUUUUGUUUGUCUCUCUACCGCCUGUCCACUCGUAAGGAACACUAACAAUACCCCGUUGCCAAUGCCCAGUCUGCCGAGUGGAGUGUGAGAUGAUGGGACCAAGACACUGUCUUCCAACACAUUGAAGUAUGUUGUAGAUAUUUGUUCAGGACCCAGUCUGGCUCAGCAGUUUGUGGUUGCAAUCUCUCCUGUCCACUGUUGUUGUCCUCUGCCUUUCUUUGCCUCUUCCUGCUGCUUUGGUUGGACGCUGAGGUGUUGUUUCACGAGGUCCUUCAGGCUGACAUUACAGUUGAAGAUUGUAAGGCCUGGACGAAAGAGAUAUGAUAGCAAAAGAAUGGAGACAAUGAGGACCAAGAUUUCUAUAGUGGAAGUGGCCCCACAUGCUAAUGCAUGAAUGCUGGGAGCAUGGUCUGUCAGCACUGUAUGUUUAACCAUUUCUACCAUUCUGAUGGUGUACAUAUUGUUAGAAUC